AGAAGCUUUAUGAGGUGGGGCAUUGGGACUGGGGUUGUAGGUCAGUGUCAGAAUGCUUGCACGGGGCAUGGGUUCAAUCCCUAGUACUUGUGGGCUAAAUAAAUUUCUUUGCCUUAUAAAGUGCCCAGCCUCAGCAACACAAAAUGGACUAAGGAAAUGGUAAAAAUGCAUGUGGGCAAAGUGGCCUUGUCCUCUAAGAUUCGAGUCUUAUUUACCAGGUUUGUGCUGUUAGAUGUUCAGGGUAUACUCAGUCUGCCUUCCAUGUGUCUGUACAUAUGGGCAAUGAGUUUAAUCUCUUCUCUGUUUGUAGAGGGCCUUGCAGGGGCCACCUCAGACUUGGGGAUGGUAUACAACCGUGCCAGAGUUUUGCUGCACUCAGACGAGCACCCUGGGAACUUCGUAGCCAGCAAGUCCAAGAAAAACGUGAUUGUUGCAGAGGCUCCCUUGCUGUCUUUCACUACUCGGAGAGUCCCUGUGAUGAAACUGGUGCCAGCAGGAAGACAGACUCCAUCUUCAGAGCUGCCAAGAAGGACCUCCUCACUCUGAUGAAGCUGGAUGACCCAUCCCUGUUGGAUGGCCGGGUGAUGUUUCUUCAUGUCCCUGCAGGCACUAUGGUGUCAAAACAGGGAGACCAGGAUGUCAACAUCUUGUUUGUGGUCUCGGGACUGCUGCAUGUGUACCAACGGAAGAUUGACAGCCAGGAAGACACCUGCCUGUUCCUUACACAUCCUGGGGAAAUGGUGGGUCAGCUGGCAGUACUCACUGGCGAGCCCCUCAUGUUCACCAUAAGGGCCAACAGGGACUGCAGUUUCUUGUCCAUCUCUAAGGCCCACUUCUAUGAGAUCAUGCGGAAGCAGCCAGCCGUUGUCCUGAGUGUGGCACACACUGUUGUGAAGAGGAUGUCAUCCUUCGUGCGGCAGAUUGACUUUGCUCUGGACUGGAUGGAAGUGGAGGCAGGACGAGCCAUAUACAGGCAGGGGGACAAGUCUGACUGCACAUACAUUGUCCUCAGUGGCCGGUUGCGCUCUGUAAUCCGGAAAGAUGAUGGGAAAAAGCGCCUAGCGGGGGAGUAUGGCCGUGGAGACCUCAUUGGUGUGGUGGAGACCCUGACACACCAGGCCAGGGCAACCACAGUACAUGCUGUCCGGGACUCAGAACUGGCCAAGCUGCCCACAGGAGCCCUGACGUCCAUCAAGCGUAGGUACCCUCAGGUGGUGACUCGGUUGAUUCAUCUCUUAGGCGAGAAGAUCCUGGGCAGUCUCCAGCAGGGAUCUGCGACAGGUCACCAGCUUGGGCUCCACACAACAGGAAGCAAGUGGGACUCAGGAAACCCAGCCAGUAACCUGUCUACUGUGGCAGCGAUGCCUGUGUCUGAGGAUGUGCCCCUCACUGCCUUUGCCCUGGAGCUCCAGCAUGCUCUCAGUGCCAUCGGUCCUGUCCUGCUGCUGACCAGUGAGAACAUCAAACAGCGCUUUGGUUCUGCUGCUCUGGACAGUAUCCACGAGUACCGGCUCUCCAGCUGGCUGGGGCAACAGGAAGACAUUCAUCGAAUUGUGCUCUACCAAGCAGACAGCACGCUCACGCCCUGGACUCAGCGUUGCAUCCGGCAGGCCGACUGCAUCCUUAUUGUGGGCCUGGGUGAGCAGGAGCCGACAGUGGGUGAGCUGGAGCGGAUGCUGGAGAGCACAGCUGUGCGUGCCCAAAAGCAGCUGAUCCUGCUGCACAGGGAGGAGGGCCCAGCACCAGCCCACACUGUGGAGUGGCUGAACAUGCGGAGCUGGUGCUCUGGCCACCUGCACCUCUGCUGCCCACGCCGUGUCUUCUCCAGGAGGAGCUUGCCCAAACUGGUGGAGAUGUACGAGCGCGUCUUCCAGAGACCCCCAGACCGGCACUCAGACUUCUCCCGCCUGGCACGGGUGCUGACAGGGAACGCCAUCGCCUUGGUGCUUGGAGGCGGGGGAGCAAGAGGCUGUGCCCAGGUGGGCAUCCUCAGGGCCCUGGCAGAGUGUGGCAUUCCUGUGGACAUGGUCGGAGGGACAUCUAUCGGGGCCUUCAUGGGUGCCCUGUACUCUGAGGAGAGAAGCUAUAGCCAGAUGCGGAUCCGGGCCAAGCAGUGGGCAGAGGACAUGACAUCAAUGGUGAAGACUAUGCUGGACCUGACCUACCCAAUCACAUCCAUGUUCUCCGGAGCUGGCUUCAACAGCAGCAUCUGCAGCGUCUUCAAAGACCGGCAAAUAGAGGACCUGUGGCUCCCCUACUUUGCCAUCACCACUGACAUUACAGCCUCUGCCAUGCGAGUUCACACAGAUGGCUCUCUGUGGAGGUAUGUGCGUGCCAGCAUGUCCCUGUCAGGCUAUAUGCCCCCACUGUGUGACCCCAAGGACGGACACCUGCUGAUGGACGGAGGCUAUAUCAAUAACCUCCCAGCUGAUGUGGCCAGAUCCAUGGGGGCAAAGGUGGUGAUCGCCAUCGAUGUGGGCAGCAGAGAUGAGACAGACCUUACCAACUACGGCGAUGCACUGUCUGGGUGGUGGCUGCUUUGGAAACGUUGGAACCCUUUGGCCACAAAAGUCAAGGUGUUGAACAUGGCCGAGAUUCAGACACGCCUGGCCUACGUAUGCUGUGUCCGGCAGCUGGAGAUGGUGAAGAGCAGUGGUUACUGUGAGUACCUGCGACCCCCUAUUGACAGCUACCGCACCCUGGACUUCAGCAGGUUCGACGAGAUCUGUGAAGUGGGAUACCAACAUGGGCGGACAGUGUUUGACAUCUGGGGUCAGAGUGGUGUGUUGGAGAAGAUGCUGCAGGACCAGCAGGGGACCAGCAAGAGGAAGGCUUGCGCGGUCCUCACCUAUCCCAACACCUCCUUCACAGACCUUGCUGAGAUAGUGUCACGCAUCGAGCCAGCUAAGGCGGCUGCAGUGGAUGAUGAAUCUGACUACCAGACUGAGUACGAGGAAGAGUUGCCAGGUGUCCCCAAGGACACAUAUGCUGACUUCCAGAGCACUCAGGAUGAGUUGGGCUCUGACUUGGAGGAGGAGCCCUUGCUGAGACAUCAGCACCCUGGUCCGGCUUCCCCAGAUCCAUCCCAGGACUCCUCAUGCCCCUGACUCCCUGACCAAGAUGCCUAGAGGCACCCCCACAUACAAGCUAACCCAGUGGUUCUGCUGGGCCAGAUCCCGAGGUUAAUUUAAGGCUCCACCUACUCUUAGGAGACCACUUCCCUCAGCUGACAGCAAGACCAGGCUGGAAGUUACAGCCAGCGUGCCAGUACCACCAUCUUCUUCCUAGGGCCUGGGCUGGGUCAGGGGAGACUUUGGGCCUCUUCUCUGCUCUGGCACUCCCUUGAGACCCCACAGCAGUCCUGGGGCUGGGGGGCCAGUCCCAAAGCCUCUGUGAGGUUUGUGGCCCUGCGCUGGCAUGUUAAUAAAGGUCGAUCUGACAGUGUGGAUUUGUUUCUGUGGAGGAUGCUGAGGUCUCUAUGGCAAAGAGUAAGAUGGGCCUGAUGUCUGGAAGGUCCCUGGCAGGUGGGCAGGGGGCCCCAGACACUCCAGGCCAGGAAGGCAGGGCUUCAGGUCCUGAUGGAGUUGGGGUUCACCCAAACCAAGGCGAGCCUCUUGGGUUUCUCGGAUCUUGUUCGCUCCCAUGUACAGAUGUGCUACCCUAAGUGCUGGGAUUAGAAGAUGGGGAUACGCUCCUAGUUUUUGGCCGGCUUGCACGAGGACCGCCCACGCUGGGUCCCCUUGACGCCUCGGGGCGGG